AUGAGCGAAAAAUUACCUCCAGGUACGCUUUGUGUCGUCUGUCAAGAUUUAGCCACAGGAAACCACUACUCUAUCCCAUCAUGUAACGGUUGCAAAACAUUUUUUCGUCGGGCAGUUGUGAAAAACCGGACUUUCGCUUGUAUGGGCAAUGGAAAUUGUCCUAUUAGUAAAGGUGGAAGAUGUGCAUGUCGACACUGUAGGUUCAAGAAAUGCUUGGAAGUUGGAAUGGACCGGAACUCAAUACAAAAUGACAGAGAUAGAAUUGGUUAUACAAAACGUACACGGAAAAGGAAAGCUGAUAAGGUUUCUGUAUCCGAAAAAAAGCAGAAGACCUCUUCGUUAGCUCCAAACCUUACUGGUCAGCUCACUGGUUAUAUGCCUGUUAAUCAUAUUAAUUUGAAGUUUUUGGAAAACAAUUUUACUCUACUGUUAUCGCGGGGUCGAAUUGAACCUUACGGAUCGUUGGAUCAUGCACUCGCGUCUCCAAGUCUUUUCAACCAACCGAUUGAAGUGAAGGUACUUUUCAAAACUCCACACUUACCUUUCUGGCGUUCUCGUAUUAUUGCUUUAUACAUAGAUUGGGCCAAGACGUUCCCAGCUUUCAAAAACCUUCCAUAUUCUGACAAGGUGGCUUUGAUAACAAAUCACGCCAGUUCCUACAUGGUCAUGUGUGAAGCAUUUCGUACUCCAGAACAUAACGAAAAUAAAAUUUUGAAUACUGGUGGUUUUGCUGAGAAUCCGUAUGAAGGAACGAACAGUUUGUUGUACUGUGCUAAGAAUUCAUGCGCGGAUUUGGAUGCGUUUCAGAAUGGUGUAAUUGCUGACAGAAUGAAGACGGAAGCUACUGUUACUAAACCUAAGUUAAUGGGCACAAAAAGUGGUGAAGUUGAAGUCUUAAAAGACAGAUCUCAAGCUAAUACUAUAUGCGAUUAUUCUGGACCAUCUUUCUACGACGGAUGCGGUGGAAAUCCUUCAUCGACAAGUAGCCGUCCUUCCGCUGCUCACUGUGCUUCCUUGACUGGUCUGACCCCGGUGCUCACAGCAAUGAUCGAUUAUGUCAUGAAACCGUUCAGAAGAUUAAAUAUAUCGACUACUGAAUUUGCUGUGCUUCAGGCUAUUAUGUUUUUUGAUCCAGAUACUGACGGACUAGAUUCUGCCAGUCAGCGAAAUGUAACAGCAGAACAGAAGAAACUUCUGGCAGCUUUAUACCGUUAUAUAUGUGCGCAUUAUGAAGCAAGCGAAGCUGACGGUCGUUAUGCCGCUAUCUUAUUAUGCAUACCAACGAUAAGGAAGGUAGCUGCGAAAAAGAAUGAGUCGCUGCAAAUAAUUGAUAUGUUCAAAAUAUUUGAGCUCAAUUCGUUACUGAAGGAGACCGCAUUGGGUAUAAGGCUUCCUAAUGCUGCUUCUAGCUGUAUAACGUAUUAG